AUGAAGGGACUUCAGGGCGGAAUCUCCAUCGCCAUGCUGGCCACUGUAGCUAAAGCGCAGUUGAUAUCGGGUGCCGGUGGUGUGGACACGGGCAAUACCGCCGCCGUCCCUAUCACCAACGGCUUUUCGUCCAGCGUCAACGAGGCGCAUUCGGAUGACCACUCGGCGGAUGUGGAUGCGAAGAAGAAGGUUGUGGAACCCCAUGGCCGCCCUGGCCACCCUGGACACCACUGGGUCAGGGAAGAGAUCGACGGAAAGGAUACUGGAGCUCAGUACUAUCACCCAGAGACGAACGUGGAGUCGACCUCGGUGACCGAGUCCCACCAAGGUGACCACUCGGUCGACAUCAACGAAGACAACGUCAAGGUCCUGAAACCUGACCAUGGUCAUCACCCCCAUCCGCAUGAACCAACCCACCACAAGGCGCGAGGCGUCGACGAUCUGAUCGGUGGAGAAAGUGGAAUUGAUACCGGCAACUCAGCGGCCUUACCACUUACGAAUGGUUUCUCGUCCUCUGUCAACGAGGCCCAUUCGGAUGAUCAUUCGGCUGCGGUCCAUGACGACAAGACGGUUGUCGACCCCGAACCGCACCGUCCUCACCAUCACUGGCCCCGUGAGGAGCCUGAGCUGUUUGGCGGGGCUCACGGUAUUGACACGGGUAACUCGGCCGUGAUUCCCAUCACAAAUGAAUUUUCUUCGGGGGUGAAUGAGGCCCACGCGGAUGACCACUCGGUAGACCUGAACAAGGACAAGACGGUUGUGGACAGUGACCACCGACCUCAUCACCACUGGCCCCGCGGGGAACCUGAUUUGAUUGGUGGCACUCAUGGUAUUGAUACUGCCAAUUCUGCGGCCAUACCCAUCACAAACGAUUUUUCCUCGGCCGUGAACGAGGCUCAUGCGGAUGACCACACAGUGGAUCUGAACAAGGACAAGACUGUGGUGGAUGGAGCUCAUCACAGACCGCAUCACUGGCCCCGGGAAGAAGCGGAUUUGAUCGGCGGCGUUCAUGGUACGGAUACCAGCGGUUCAGCAGCCGUGCCUAUCACGAAUACCUUUAGCUCUGGGGUGUCUGAGAAACACUCGGAUGAUCACUCAGUCGACGUGAACAAGGACAAGACAGUCGUGCAUCCUGAAGACCACCGCCACCACCACCACUGGAGGAGGGUGCACGAGGACCUCAUCAGCGGCGCAGGAGGCAUCGAUACCGGCAACUCUGCCGCAAUCCCCAUCACUAAUGGCUUUUCAUCAACCGUCAACGAAGCCAGCGCGGACGAUCAUUCAGUCAAGCUCGACAAGGACAAGACGAUUGUGGACCCCGAACAUCACCGGGACUUCACUCACCCCCAUCAUCACGUUCGCGGGGAAGCCGGGGGCCCAACGUUGCUUGGAGGGGCUUCAGGUGUGGAUACUGCCAACGGCGCUGCCAUUCCCAUUACCAAUGGAUUUUCCUCGUCUGUGAAUGAGUACUCAUCAGAUGAUCAUUCCGUGGAUGCAGACUUCAAGGACACUCUGGUACGUCCAGGAGUCCAUCAUCCUCACCAUGGCCGGGACUUGUUUGGCGGACCUGGGGGCAUUGACACUGGUAACUCGGUUGUUAUUCCCAUUACAAACGCGUUCGCUUCUUCGGACAAUGAGGUUUCGUCGGAUGACCACUCUGCGGAUGUCAACUCCAAGGAUACCGUGGUUGCACCACCGGAUCAUCACCAUCCUCACCAUGUCCCUCGGGAUCUGAUCUCUGGAGCUUCUGGAAUUGAUACUGGGAACUCGGCGGUUCUUCCCAUUACCAACGAAUUCGCCUCGUCUUAUAAUGACCACUCAAGCGACGAUCACUCUGCGGAUGUCAAUGUCAAGGACACAGUCAUCGAUCCGGCCUCUCGUCAUCACCACCCGCAUGUGCCGCGUGAUCUUAUCAGUGGUGCUUCCGGUAUCGACACUGGCAACUCGGCAACUCUUCCCUUUACUAACCUGGCAUCGAACCAAGUGAGUGAGGCACACUCAGAUGACCACUCGGCAGACGUCAAUGUCAAGGAUACAGUUGUCGAUCCAAAGGUCCAUGGUCAUCACCCGCAUGGUCCCCGCGAUCUUUUUGGUGGUGCGUCCGGUAUCGAUACAGGCAACUCGGUAGUCAUCCCCAUCACCAAUGUAGCUUCGAAUGAAGUGAGUGAAGCACAUUCCGACGAUCACGCAGCAGAUGUGGAUGUCAAGGAUACAGUCGUCGCCCCCACCUCUCCUCAUCAUCCUCACCCCCAUGGACCACGUGAUUUAAUCAGUGGUGCCGGCGGUGUUGAUACCGGCAAUUCGGCUGUUCUCCCCAUCACCAACGUUGCCACAUCGCAGGUUAGCAAAGUUAGCUCGGAUGAUCACUCUGUUGACGCCAAUAUCAAAGACACCCUGGUGAAACCGGCGCCGCCUCAUCACGCUCACCCCCACCCGCAUUUGCCACGCGAUCUCAUCAGUGGCGCGGGAGGGAUCGACACUGGAAAUUCUGCAGCAAUUCCGAUCACCAAUUCGUUUUCCUCCAAAGUCAAUGAAGUAAGCUCGGAUGACCACUCCGUCGAUGCCAAUCUCAAAGACACUGUUGUCGAUGAGUCAGCUCACGGUCAUCCUCAUGCGCGCCCCCACCACCCGAGAGACUUGAUCAGUGGUGCUGGAGGAAUUGAUACAGGGAACAGCGCUGCUCUCCCCUUUACCAACGAAUUCUCCUCCGAGGUCAAUGAGGCUCAUGCAGAUGACCAUUCCGUCGAUGCGAAUCUGAAAGACACUGUUGUCGAUCAGUUACCUCAUGGUCAUCCCCAUGCGCGUCCCCAUCACGCAAGGAACUUGAUCAGUGGUGCGGGAGGAAUUGAUACGGGGAACAGCGCUGCCCUCCCCUUUACCAACACAUUCUCCUCGGAGGUCAAUGAGGCUCAUGCUGAUGAUCACUCUGUCGAUGCUGACAUCAAGGAUACCUUGGUCAAUGACCCGCAUCGCCAUCAUCAUCGCGCCGAAGACAGUCUUAUCAGCGGUGUUUCAGGAGUGGACACAGGAAACUCGGCAGUCAUUCCAAUCACAAAUGCUUAUGGAAAAGAGACGAAUGAAUAUUCCAGUGAUGACCACUCCGUUAGUGAGGAUGUACACGACACCGUUGUGGACCCGUACCAUGGGCACCCUGAUUACCAUGGUCAUGCAGACUCGGGCCAUAGUUCUGCUCCUGUUCACAGCACUGACCAGGGCACUGACCAGGGGAUUGGUCAUGCCACUGAGCAGACCUCGGACCAGACAGAGACGCAUGGCACCGAGACCCAGCCCUGCUCCUCCCAAAUCGUCCAUGAAGUUGUUCACACCAUCACUCGUACUUUGAACAGUGAGCCUACCAAGGGUGCGGUUGCCGAUCACCAGCAUGCCACUCCUGCGUAUAAUGCCCCUGCGGCGGAGGCCACCGGGGCCGUUGAAGAAACAUCUGCCUACAAUGCACCUGUGGCUGCCGCCUCCACACCUGUCUACAAUGCUCCAGCCGAGGCUACUGAAGCUACUGUGGAAUCGACCCCUGUCUACCAGGCACCAGCGGCUAUUGAGUCUACAGUUCAGUACGCUCCCUCCACCCCCGUAUACAACGAAGCCGAAGUAGUCGAGCCCAGUGGCGGAUCUACAUUCUUCAGCCCCGACAUCGCGGAAGCCCACAACCUGGUUGACAACAGUGCGUCAUCUGCGGCACAACCCCCGGUGGCUGAGGCCACCAACGCUGCCGUCGCGGCCCCUGCCCCGACCGACCCGUUCGACGUGGACACCAUCGCAUCAACCAUCACCAUCCAGGAGGCUUCCACAUUCCACAUGAUCCCUGUAUUUGUGCCUGCCCCUACCGACACGUUCCAUGUCGCAGCCAGCAGCAUCGCCGCACCUUCGUCUCGUCCCACCGGCGUCGAUGCCUUGCCAUCAUUCCGCUACAACCUGCCACUCUCCUCCUCUUCCGCCCUUCCUUCGUCAAACACCAUCAUGUUCACUGGCGCCGGUGCACAGGUGUCUCCUACAGGCCUUUUCCCGAUCGUUGCCGGUCUGGUGGCUCUCCUGGCUCUCGUUCUGUAA